CCUUACCUAACUUAUCCGUACCUGGGUACCUACAUUACCUCUACCAGGUGCUUUAUCUUAUCUCCGAUACGAGCUACCUAGGUACCUUAGGUGUGGUUACCACCUCAGCCACAAUAAGGUCUUGCCAUAUGUGGCUUGCGCGUGGGUGACGUCCAGUCAAAAAAUUUCGGCUCUGUACGCUUUCCGCGCGAAGUCGAGCCGACCGAUCGCAUUUACGACCUCACAUCCCGCCCCUUGCUGCAAUCACAUCGCCGUACACCACAACUCCAAGCUCAACUCGCAAAUCGUUCAUCCUUUGCGUCUUCAAUUCCCAUUCAUCGCCAUGCCUGCCAAGAGAAUUGUCGUCCAGAGAGACAGCCAGCGCUCUCGUCAGCCCAAGGGCUACUUCAGAUCAACAUACGAUGCGUUGACUUCCUCUGAGAAUGCACCCAUCGUUCGCAGCGUCGCCAUCUUCGGCGUAAGUCAUCAUGCGCGUCCAAGCCACCGAUCAAUUGAGCUCUGCUAACGUCCAAUGUAGGCCGCUGUGACUUUGCUCUCCAGCUCCUGGGGCGAGUUUCUUCUUCCUCCGUAAGCAGCCUAUUACCUUGAGAUCUAAUUCAAGGUCGCUAACGCCUCGAUUUCGCAGUCAAUAAAGAUCUUUCUACAAUC